CCAAGGUGCAACCAGCAUCUUCUCUCCUUCCCUUUCUUUUCUCUCUCUCUCUCACACAGACACACACUCCCUUGAGAUUGUUCACUCCGUACUUCUCAACCUCCACAAGUUUGCAAGACCAACUAUUGGGCAGCAUUACCAGCAACAACAAGAUGGAUCCAUUGGCAAGUGCUCCAGAAGCAGAACUUAAAAUGCCCCUGCCACAGGUCCAACAUGUUGAAAACCUCCAGAUGGAUACUCAUGCAGAAGAUGAUGACUAUUGGCCUCUUUCAAAGAAACCAAACUUCCAUACUUUUGUUUUAAAAACACAUCUCAAACCCUUGUAUCAAAUGGUCCUUCCAACCAAAAUGCAGUCGGUACUUCCUCAAGCUACAGUUCCAGUGAUUCUCUCCUGUCGUGGCAAGAAAUGGGAGACAUCCUAUUAUGGAGAUCGCAGCAACAAAAGGUUCGACUUCCAUUGGAAGACAUUUGCCAUUGACAACAAUCUAAAUUAUGGAGAUGGAUUGGUAUUUGAACUCCAGGAAUGCAGCAGCGGGAAGGUCGAGUUCAGAGUUCAAAUUCUCCGCGGUGACUUCCCACCCGAAUUGCUAGCAAGGGUAAAUGGCGCGACUUCAAUUUCUCCUAUUGUCAUUGAUUAGAUUCUCGUAUCUUCAUCUGGGAUUUCUUUAAUUUUGGGAACAGAUUCUGGCAAUGACUUAUAAGAAUUUAACUCCUUAUUUGCUGUUUUAUAUGUAUGUACACCUGGGCUUGAAUUUUUCUACCUCGCUUUUCUUGUUCA